AUGGCGGCGGCGAAGAUUGCUCCGUCGAUGCUGUCCUCGGACUUCUCAAAUCUGGCGACAGAGGCUCAGCGGAUGCUCGAUUGCGGCGCCGAUUGGCUUCACAUGGACAUCAUGGUGCUAAAUUUUUCAUCUUCUUGUAGCCACUUCGUUCCAAAUCUAACCAUUGGUGCUCCGGUGAUUGAGAGCUUGAGGAAGCACACCAAGGCAUACCUAGACUGCCACCUAAUGGUCACAAACCCUCUUGAUUAUGUUGAGCCUUUCGGUAAAGCAGGUGCUUCAGGAUUUACAUUUCACAUUGAAGCUGCCAGAGAAAAUUGGCAUGAACUGAUUCAGAAAAUAAAAGCCAAGGGCAUGAAGCCUGGUGUGUCGUUGAAACCUGGAACUCCAAUCGAAGAGGUUUAUCCUCUGGUUGAAGGUGAAAAUCACGUUGAUUUAGUCCUUGUGAUGACUGUGGAACCUGGUUUUGGAGGACAGAAAUUCAUGCCUGAAAUGAUGGAUAAGGUACGGAAGCUGAGACAGAAGUAUCCAUCCCUUGAUAUAGAGGUGGAUGGCGGGUUAGGUCCAUCAACGAUUGAUGCAGCAGCAUCAGCCGGAGCAAACUGCAUUGUGGCAGGGAGCUCGGUGUUUGGCGCUCCUGAGCCAGCGCAAGUAAUAUCCCUCAUGAGAAAUCGGGUGGAGGGAGUUAAAGCUGCCUGGUAA